ACGCAUGACCGAUGAAGAAAGGCAUGAGAAACUCAAAAAACGCCGUGAAGCCUAUCAACGAAACAAAGUAUCAGGAAAGACACCAGAACAGAAGGCGGCAAAAUGUGCACAAGAAAAAAAAAGAUAUGCAAAUAUGCAAACAGAAAAGAAGAAAGCAAGAAUGGAACAAAUUGAAGCUCACCCUCAAUUGAAACGCAACACACCAUCCAAAGAUUCAAUAGCAAUGGAGAACCCUGAAUAUCUCGCAACUGAACAGGAGGAGAGCACUUCUACAUUUACUGUAAAACACAGGGAUCAUGUGGCAGCGGGAGAAAGGCAAGCGUUGCUACACCGUCGUAACGAAGAAUUCACAAGAAGACGUAAGCAAGCUAUUUCCGUAUCAUCAAAAGAAGAUGAAUCCAUGACGGAAACCUGCAACGAAAACACUCAGCCUCUAGAGCAGCCACAAGUCAUGACUUACGACAUCCCCUCCUCAAUGUUUCCAAGCAUCAGAGAAACAGAUACACCGACACAAUCAUUAUACAAUGAUGAUCACAGUAAAGUAACUAUGUGGAAGGACAUCCCCUGCACAAUGCUUCCAAUAAUCAAAGAAGUGCAUGCACGAAUACAAUCACUAUGCAAUGAUGGAAUCAUAUAUGAGCAAGAAGAAACCAUUAAAGAAAUAGAUGCGGCAGCAAAAUCAAUGUGCAACGAGGAUCAAGGUAAUGAUGGAGUAAUAUUUGAAGAAGACACAGACGAAGAUGAAUACAUGUUCACCGGUGAAGAGUGGGGCAGAGAAGUGGAAAUUGAAAUCAUAGAAGGCGAGGAAGACCUCAACCCUGAUCCAUAUGAUCUUGUCUACGGCAACAUACCAACAAGCACAAACGUGCUCGAAAAAGAAGAAGAUUGUUGUUUCUGCCAUGCAACCAAAUUCAAGUAUGAAAGUCAGGGAUUAUGCUGCAAAAAAGGACAGAUAAGACUAGCCAAUCCAAAUACACCACCGGAACUAAUGAGGCUUUGGACAAGCAACGACUCUGAUGCAAGACAUUUUCGGCAAAAUAUAAGAUUUUUCAAUGGGCAUUUCUCGUUUACUACACUAUACUACCAGCUCCACAGAGACACAACAGACAUGCGAACGGCCGAGAUUGGACCAAAGAACAUACAACGAGCCAAUCAAUUCGGAGGUAGCUGCAGUGUGGAUUGA